CUAUUACCUUCGCCUUUCCUUCACUCUCCAAACUCGAUAGACCGACUGCUUUGGUUCGGAUACAGCCUGAACACUCCGACCAGAAACUGCUCUAUCUACUAUCAUUCAACAACCUUACGACCUCUCAUACAUUCAUUCAUGAAGCUCUCAAAUCGGUGAUCACUUCCCUUGCGUCUGGUGACUGUGUGUGCGGUGCAUUGCCUGGGCGUUCUGGCUUAUCGCACACCACCAAACCCUUCAACAACAUGUCUCACCUCGAAAACUUGGAUUUGCCUAAGUCUGACGAUCCAGAUGCCAUGGUUGCCCAUCUCCCGAGCCAGCUGGAGAGCCAGACUUCCGGUCCAGCAGUACCAGCCAUUGAACCCGAAUCUCAGCAGCAAUUCGAAGAGGUCCAGCAGCCUCGAGAGCCUGAACCCAUGAAGUUCCUGGAUAUUGAGAUCCGUGUCCCCAUAGUCGACAAUCCCAGCGACUAUGAAUAUCUUCCGGGCCACUUCAAGGUCCGACGUAUCCUGAGGGUCGACUCGAGUAAUCCUGAGAGGCCCUUGUACACCGUUCGUCUGGCUAGUGGCGAGCGUUCAACUAUGUUGCGCGAUACCUUCAUGAGUUUCGACAAUAGCGCCCAAGCUCUGGACGAUUUCGUUCCGGAGUCCGAAUCAGAUGAUGAACUCGUAACGGUGGGAUACGGGUCUCACCCACGCUUCGAGUUUGGUGGGGAUGGUACAGGACACGGGAAGCGAGCUCGCGCCGGCGGACGAAAUACUCGACUGCGUCGUCAUGCAUCCUCUGCACGUGGUGAUUAUACCGCCUUUUAUGAAAUUCCUGAAUCUUCCAGCUCCGAUGAAGAUCUGGAUGAGUCAAGUGACGAGCUUAAUGGACGCUUCCCCAAAAGACGCCGUCGUUCGACCAGAAAUAGCAGAAGAGUGAUCAUUUCUUCCGAUGAGGACGAUGAUUCCUCUGCUGAGGAAGCGCCAACUCGUGCUUCCACUCGUACCCGGAAGUCCGUUCGGAAAAAUCUGCGGGAGCGAUUGGAAGAUGAUCUAUCGGAAGCUGAGAGUGACGCGCCCAAACGCCAAAAGUAUUCCGGGGCUCGGGAGGCAUUUCCCGAACUUCCACGGGAUGAUGAGUUUAGAUUGCGACACUUCGCCUGCUGUUCCUCGUGCAACUACUACGAAGACGAUGAGGUCAAAGGACCCCUUGUAUUCUGUCAGGGCUGUAGCUCAUCGUUCCACCAACAGUGUCUUGGUCCGCGCAGCAGCCGAGAACAUCUUGUCACGAAAAUUGACGAGGAAUACUUCAUUCUGCAAUGUCGUCGUUGUCUCGGGGUCGCACAUACCAAACAUGAUGUAUCCCCUCAUCUGGGCCGCUGUACUGUUUGUAAGGAAGAUGGUGCAAUGUCGCAGCCGCUGAGAGAGCGCCUUACGUCCAAGGAAGAGCAACAGCUACGUGUGGCAAAUGGUGGUACCGAUCCGAUUACUGACGUCGACAUGUCUCGCAUCAACAACAUCGAUGAUGUUCUCUUCCGAUGCGCAGGUUGCCAGCGGGCUUUCCAUUUUGAACAUCUUGCUACAGAAACUUCUCAGGAUAUAUCGGAGGUCAUCUCGCAUUACACAACUCAUUGGCAGUGCCAAGACUGUACGCUUGCUCCUGGCGAUAUCGAAGCUUUAGUUGCGUGGCGUCUGGUAAAACCGCCCGCCAAAGGCGUGAAACUCUCCAUGGUCGAGCUUAUCCCAGAGGUGGAAAAGGAGUAUCUCAUCAAGUGGAAGCUCAAGUCGCAUUUCCGCAAUACCUGGAUGCCUGGAGACUGGGUUUGGGGUAUGAGCAACGCCGCCAUGCGCCGUGCCUUCUUCAAAUCUCCCAAGGCCCGCAAGCCGAUUUGGACCACCGAGGAGGCGGUCCCCGAAGAGAAUCUACGAGUUGACAUUGUUUUUGAUGUGACCUUUCCUGCAGGUACCGACCUUGAUGAUCAGAGCAACCCCGAGCUAGUCAAAGAGGCUUAUGUCAAAUACAAGGGCUUGAAUUAUGAGGACUCGGUCUGGGAAUCGCCUCCGGCCCCCAAGGAAACCGCUCGCUGGGAAGACUUUAAGCUAGCUUUCAAGGACUGGCUGCAGCGCGACACCAUUAAUCCGCCAGAUCGACAUACGCUCAAAUCUCAUCUCGCCAAUAUCAGGCGCCUAAACUUUGAACAAGAUCUGGUUCUCAACACGCAGCCCGCACUGAUUACUGGGGGCCAACUUAUGGAUUAUCAGCUGGACGGUGUGAAUUGGCUGUACUAUAUGUUCAUGAAGCAGCAAAACGCCAUCCUAGCUGAUGAUAUGGGUCUUGGCAAGACGGUUCAGGUGAUAUCGCUAAUAGCAACCUUGAUUGAGAGGCACCAGUGUUGGCCAUUCCUUGUUGUUGCUCCCAACUCGACCGUUCCCAACUGGCGUCGUGAGAUCAAAACCUGGGCCCCCGAAAUUCGGGUUGUCACUUACUUUGGCUCGGCAUUUGCACGUCAGAUGGCCAAUGAUUAUGAGAUGUUUCCAGAGCGUGCCAAAGCUCUCCGAUGUCAUGUUGUGAUAGCCUCGUAUGAGAGCAUGGUCGAUGAAGAGGCCAAGAGAGUCUUGAACAAGAUCCACUGGGCAGGACUGAUUGUUGAUGAAGGACAGCGCCUCAAGAAUGACAAGUCACAGCUGUAUGAACGGCUUUGUCGUAUGAAGUUUGACUUCAAGGCGCUUCUAACGGGAACCCCUCUCCAAAAUAACAUCCGAGAAUUAUUCAACCUGAUUCAAUUCCUUGAUCCCGUCAAGGAUGCCGACGAAUUGGAGGAACAAUAUGGCGACCUGACGGCGGAGAGCAUUCGAUCCCUUCACGACAUGAUCCGACCGUUCUUCCUUCGUCGUACCAAAGCCGAAGUUCUGCCUUUCCUUCCACCUAUGGUGCAGAUCAUCAUCCCAGUCUCGAUGUCUGUCGUGCAAAAGAAACUGUACAAGUCCAUUCUUGGAAAGAACCCGCAGUUGAUUCAGGCCAUUUGCAAGAAAGAAACGGGCCAACUGAAGAAGACUGAAAGGCACAACUUGAACAACAUUCUCGUACAACUUCGGAAGUGCCUUUGCCAUCCUUUCAUCUACAACAAGGCGAUCGAAGAACAGACAAAUGAUCCAAACUUGGCUUUCCAGCGCUUGGUCGAGGCUUCAGGCAAGCUCAAGUUGCUCAAUAUCAUGCUACCAAAACUUCAAGAGCGUGGACAUAGGGUUCUAAUUUUCAGUCAGUUCCUGGAGAAUCUUGACAUCGUCGAAGAUUUCCUUACAGGUCUCGAACUUCGAUACUGCCGACUGGAUGGAAGGUUGACUGCUCGUCAGAAACAGCAGCAAAUUGAUUCUUUCAAUGACCCCGACUCACCUUUCUUCGCUUUCUUGCUGUCCACUCGAUCUGGUGGCGUGGGCAUCAACCUUGCCACUGCUGACACGGUCAUCAUCAUGGAUCCGGACUUCAAUCCGAAGCAGGAUAUGCAAGCUCUGUCCCGCGCACACCGAAUUGGUCAAAAGAACACAGUGUUGGUCUUCCACUUAACCACCCGAGCCUCGGUGGAAGAGAAGAUCAUGCAAAAGGGCAAGAAAAAGCUGGCUCUUGAUCAUGUCCUGAUUGAGCGCAUGGAAGCUGGCGAAGAGGAGGAGGAGGAUUUAGAGACCAUUCUCAGACACGGUGCUCGAUCUUUGUUCAAUGACGAUAAUUCGCCAGACAUUCAUUACGAUGUGGAAUCUAUCAACAAGCUGCUUGACCGCAGCCAGGCCGAACAAGCCGAGGAAGUCGCUGCAAACACCCCAGGUUCUUCCACAGAUCAGCCACAAUUCAGCUUUGCGCGUGUGUGGCAGAAUGAUCGUGGCACUCUCGAGGAAGUCAUUGAAACAGAAGACAGUCUGGUUGAUGCCACCGUCUGGGAGGAAAUCCUUCGCGAGCGUGAACGUGAUGCUCAAGAAGAAGAAUUCCGAAAGGCAGAGGGACUAGGACGUGGCAAGCGCAAGCGAGCCGCGGUUAAUUACCAAACUGUUCGGGAGGAGGAGGAUGCCCAUGAUCCUGACGUGAUGAUGUCUUCGCCUGUCAAAGCGCGCAAAUCUGGCGACAGUGAUGUCGAGUUCCAAGGGGUCGAUGAACCCGACGAAAGUGACUUUGCUGAGGAUGUACCUGACAUUCAAGACAUGGCGCCUCCGACACAAUUGAAGACUGCACCUUUCCAGCGUGUCCAAUCACCGCCCCCGCACCCGCCCCCAGCACCCGGAUUCAGUUUCGGGAUGGAUGGCGCCUUCGAUCCUCCUCCUCGGUGCAUUGCAUGCAAUCAGUACCACUUGCUAGGCCGCUGCCGGCUGAAGAAGGCUGGGUUUGAACAUUGCCCCUUGUGCGGUCUAGCGCACUUUGGUGGAAGACGUGCUUGUUCGCACUUCCAAUCCGAGACACAAGUUCGUCGCAUGAUGGAGACCCUGCAGCAGAGUACUGAAGACCGGAAGCUUGUUUCUGCUGCCAGAAAAUACUUGAAGGGUCUUCUUUGUCACCUUCCAGCUGCCCGCAAGAAGGCGUCAACCAUGAUGGAAGAUGUCACAAUGAGUGACCCGACAUCUUCGAUUACAUCGCAGGUUACAUUGCAGGCCCCGACUGGUGACCCCACGCCAUCUAAUAUCACUACCACCAAGCCUCAGCCCUACCAUGGCCCCUUCACUUCCAUUUCCGGAACUGAACAUGUCCCCAUUGAUUUGACGGCUACUCAAAACGAAGCAUCUUUCUAGUCGACGCAAUCGAGCAUUUGGGCAGCUUCUCCUAUGCGCUCUACCACUUCCCGGAUCAUUUUUCAUUUAGUUUGUGCUGCGCACAUACUUUCCGUUCCUUGUUCUUUUUGUUUCAGGCUGUCUCGUACAGGCCAAUAUCAUGGAAAGUCGCCCCUGGUUUUCUUCAGUUUUUUUUUCUUAAACUUUUCUGAUGAGCGAUGAUCGAAGAUACCCCCUCACUUGUUAAUUUAGAAUAGCAUCAGAAAUUCAGUAUGCUCAAGCAUGCAAUAUUCAAUGUCUUAUGUGCUUUAUCUCC